UUUGGUGUACUAGCUAUUUAUUUAUUUAUUGUGGAACGUGUUUACCUUUAUUUUAAAUAUGCUUGGCCUGUGCCUUUAUGUGCCUGUUCCGAAUUCGGAUGCGACUGAAUUCGAGUAUUUUGAGUCCAAUGGACUACCAUCAGAGUUGAAAUCGCUCUUCAAAUUGAGUGUGUUUCUACCUUCACAAGAAUUUUCUACUUAUCGGAAAUGGAGAAAGGUAAAACGUUCAGUAUAUUAUUUUACUUGCAUGUCUUUAUGCUUCGGCGGUGUUCACAUCAAGUUUUACAUUUUGAGUGAUGGUUUCAAAACUACACAUUUUUGUAACGAUCAUGCUGUCGUAGUUUCCUGUAAGUACAACCCCCUUCUUCCUGUACUCGCGGUUUGUCAUGGUUUCCACUAGUUACCACAGCCACAAAGUCAAAAUUGGCUAUAUCGUAAAAAUUCAUAAAAACAAAAAUAUGCUUUUUGGUCUUAAUUUAAAGUUAGGCAUAAGGUUAGCAGUGUGUUUAAGGUUGGGUUUAAAUUGACUUUUUAAGAAGAUACAUUUUAGAAAUGGGCGGCAUUUAUGACUUUGUGGCUGCGAGUUUGUCAAAACGUCCCAAUGGUCCCGGAUAGCACUAACUUCAGUCAAAAUCUACACCUACCCAGUGAUCCCAUGCAAUUCACUGCACCUAUCAGACCAUAAUGUUAAAAUAUUUCAAGAGGAAUUGAAUGCAACAAUGAUUCAGACCCAUGGAAAUCCAAAUAGAACGUAUGAAUUUAUGUAAUAGAUUAUGCAGACAUGCUUUAAAAACUCUAAAGCCCUACUCAAGGAGAGGGCUCCCUGAUGUUCAUUAAUAUAUUUAAAAAAGGAAUUGCUUCAUGAAAGUUUAAAUUCAUUGAAUGACUCUCCUAUGUAUCAUCAAAAGAUAAAAUAGUGCAUAGAUGGAUUAUUAUUGUUUGGCUACACAUUGAUGGUGCAUAGGGCUUGCAAAUUAAAACUAUUGGCCUGCAAGACCCGCUUAUUAAUAUCAUCUUAUUAAUAUAAUCAAGUAUCAUUGACAUGGAGCCCUAAACCAUCAGAUUCAGGGUUGCAAAUUAGCCUACUUGAAGAAAUCACAGGAAGAUGAUGGAAUUAUUAAAUAACUGUGCAUGCAAGACUUGGCUGGAGCUUCUUGACCCCCAAGACUGCGUGACCCACUUAUCAGAGGCAAGACAUGAUGUUCAUGGCAGAGGUUGGCGUUGUGGUUCGAGUCCUCAUGUCUUCAGGCGUGGGUAAUAGUGCCUGUGACAUCUAUCUAUAUCCUGCAAACUCACGCUAAGCCUGUCUACCUGGUCUAAAAUAGGACCGGGGUUGCUGGGUCGGUGUUUAUAUUUGAUCUACUGUAUUGAACUACAGUAUGUGACAGUGUUCCCAUAGAGUACAUUCCUUCUAUCCAGCCAUAUGUCACGUUUGACAGUGAAUGUUAGCCUAGAUUUGAGUCAAUGUGCAUUCAACAUAUGGCCUUGGUGGUCUUUGCCUCUCAGAGACAUUGCUGAAAUGGUUUGUCUUGACUGGACAUUAAGGUGAUGCACAGUUUGACAUUAUUCACACCUUACCCUCCUUCCAGGUGCUUACAAUACAUCCCAUUAAUAUUGUCCCCCUCCAGAAAACCCCCCAGUCUUGGCUUUACUAUAGUUGAUUGAUUUUCAAUGGUCCCCUCUUAACAGCUUCUACCCCCAAGCCAUAAGACUCCUGAACAGCUAAUCAUGGCUACCUGGACUAUUUGCCUUGGCCCCCCCCCCCCCCCCCCCCCACACCAACUUUUACGCUGCUGCUACUCUGUUUAUUAUUUAUGCAUAGUCACUUUAACUCUACCCACAUGUACAUAUGACCUAAAUUACCUUGACUAACCGGUGCCCCCGCACAUUGGCUCUGUACCGGUACCCCCUGUAUAUAGCCUCCCUACUGUUAUUUUAUUUUACUGCUGCUCUUUAAUUAUUUGCUAUUUUAAUUUUUUACUUACCACUUUUUUUUAUUUUCUUAACUGCAUUGUUGGUUAAGGGCUUGUAAGUAAGCAUUUCACUGUAAGGUCUACCUACACCUGUUGUAUUCGGCGCAUGUGGCAAAUUUGAUUUGAAUUUGUCUGAUAUUAGAAAGCAGGUCAGUGUAUCUUGCCACUGUUGUUGAUCAUUUGGUUUUGUUUGCCUUUGCAGAAAGUGGUGAAAAGUGCAGAUAAGGACCUGGAUGGGCAGAUGGUCUUCGAGGAGUUUGUUAACUAUUUGCAAGAUCAUGAGAAAGACCUGAAGAUUGUCUUCAAGAGCCUGGACAGAAGGAGAGCUGGUAUGCUAUUAUACACAAAUCAGCUGUUACAGUUUUGGAACAUGCCUUAGCUACCAUACAAUUCAAAAGUUUUGUUCUGAUUUAGGUGGAAUUAUGAUUUGUGAUGAAUUGUCUUCCGUUGUGAUUCAGGUAAAAUAUAUUCUAAGGAGAUCAUGCAGUCACUACAGGACCUUGGUCUUCACAUAUCCCAGCAGCAUGCCGAGAAGGUCCUACAAAGGUAAGAUAUUAGGAUGGAGCAGAGUUUCCUUAAGAUUUUAGUCAAUCUUGUCGGUAUAGCUAUUAUUACCAGUUUGAUUCAUAUUCUCAAUAGUUUAUGGUUUUGUUUUUAUCUUUGUCAAUAGCAUGGAUAAGAAUGGAACGAUGACUAUCGACUGGAAUCAGUGGAGCAACUACCCUCUGCUACAUCCCAAAGAGAACAACAUCCCUGGGAUCACCCUCUACUGGAAACACUCCACGGUAAGGAGGGUGGGAGGACGGGUGGUGUGAACUAGCUAUUCACAAAGCAGGGAACACUUCUAUUUCACAUUAAUUUGAGUACACUCUGUAUCCACUGACAAAAUCCCUGAAAGUUCAAUAUUGUGAAUGGGGAUGUUCAUCCUAUUACAUAGAUUAACACUGUGAAUGGACGUGCGUCACCAAUUAAGUCUUAUUGGUGUUAAAAUAGGACAGGAAAGCACUGAAUGUAAUAUCAUGAUUUACAUGAUUCAUUAAUUACCCCCUUGUAUAUCAAAUGUUGAUUACAGUUUUUAAUGAUCCCUUAUGUAAGAUGUUCAUUACAUUUGUAAAGUGGUAAGAGGACACAGAAAUUAUCCCCUCGGUUCUCAGAACCACUUUCACAGGACAGUGUGUUCUUGGGCAGCAUGCGGGUGGGGUAAUGAAAUACAAUAUGUCUUAAUGAGUGAAGCCGGCUCUAAAUCUUAGCCUGUGUACCUCUCCUAUGUGCCAAGAGCUACAGAACAACGUUUAUAAGUCGAGCUGGGGCAAAAAAUAUUCAGAAGCAUUCCUUGGAGAUGGGAUGACCACCUAAAACAAAGGCCAGGGAAAAUGUCCCAAGGCAUUCACUCAAGUCACUUUGGCCUGACCAUCUCGUGCCAGUAGUGUUACUUACACUUAUAUAACAGGUGCUGCCAUUUUCUGAUUUUAAUAUCAACUUGGCGCUCAUUAAAUAGUUUCCAGCUGGUGAACCAUCUCUGGCAUGGUAAAACUUCAGGGGGGAUAGAGCCUGUACUCUGGCUUGGGUUUUGCAAAGGCACCUCUGUAGGGACUUGUACCCAAAGCUAUGUCUAGAGUGGAGAGUCUCCCUGGCUGACUCAGAUUGUCAUUAUGCAAUAGAUAGCUUUACAAGAAGGGAACAUGCCCUUCAUUCUUUACCCAUAUAAUAAUUGCAGUGCAUGUUAAGUCUGAACCAUGACAUCAAAGCAGAAGCGCCCUUAUGUUCUCUCUGGUUUGAUAUCAGAUUACAAAGAAGUGUCCCAGAAAUAAGAGAGCAGGAAACAACAGAAUCCAACUUGCUUCCUAACUCAGAACAUUAAGUAAUCACUGACCUAAAGCCUCAUGACCUAUGUUUUGAGGGAUGAGGGCAGACACACUGACGCACAUUUCACUGUCAAUACCGCUCGUCACUGUCCCUACCUCUAGAUGAAAGGUUUGUGUACACAUGGGGCCUUAGAAAUCACACACACUGAAAAAUGUCAUUUCGCCCCUUUUUUAUCGCUUGACUAUAUUUGUAAUUGCAAACUACUCUUAGAUAACGCCAAUGUAUUUUGGGCCGAAAGAGAGGCUAAUAGUGGAUGAUAAUACUCAUGUUCUAUAUCUUUCUGCUCUCUUUAGCUCUUUGAUGUAGGUGAGAAUCUGAUGGUGCCUGAUGAUUUCACAACAGAGGAAAAACUGACAGGAAUGUGGUGGAGGCAUCUGGUUGCCGGCGGAGGUGCAGGAGCAGUGUCCCGAACAUUCACCGCCCCCUUAGACCGACUCAAAGUACUCAUGCAGGUAAGAAGUCCUUGAUCUACUUUCUUAAUAGAUACGAUCACAGCCCUGUAUUCCCAACAACAGUUUGAGUCCUAGUAAUGGUACACCUAGCCCUCAAUUACCUAAGAGCCAUACAUGGGUUAAUGAGGACGUAGAUUAGUUCAAGAGUACAUGUGCCAGAACAGAGGGCAAGAGUCCUGGGGGCUGUUCAUUCUCACCGGCUCAUUCAGCUGACCAAUGAUAGUGGCUAAGAGCCAGCACAUCGUCUCUGGUGAGAUGUGAUUGGCUGCAUCAGAAGAGAGUAGAUCUGCUUUUACGUGAUAGCAAUGUGGGGAUCAGUAACCCCUGAUUGGCGUUAGUGGUUCUGUUUGAACAAGUCGUCUAGAGUCAUCUGUGUGUUGGUACAACUGAUCCCAGAACACUUUGACUUGUUCCACAUUGAUCCCCCUGUUGAGCAAAUAUGUUCACAUUCUCAGAGCCAAUGCCUCAUAACUGAAUAAACGUUAUGAGAAUAAAAGGCCCGACUUUCAUAUAAAUCAUUGAUUGCCGUCAAUGGGAGACAUGCAUGAAAAUUUGAGUUAAGUGCACAGAUCUCAAUUCAGAAUACGGCCCUAAUUGUCUUAUUGGUCACGUGUCUUCUGUAUGAUAAACAUUGAUAUUCUUUAUUUGUCAGGUCCAUGGUUCCCAUAGCAACAACAUGUGCAUCAUGAGUGGGCUCACCCAGAUGAUCAAAGAAGGUGGGAUGAGGUCGCUGUGGAGAGGGAAUGGAAUGAACAUCAUCAAAAUCGCCCCCGAAUCUGCCAUUAAGUUCAUGGCUUAUGAGCAGGUACUACAUGCAAUGCACACUUGCUGCUAUAUCAUUUUUCUUAAUUUAGAGAAUUGUAUUACUCUUAAAAAAAAAAAAGAUAUAUAAACCAUUAUUAUAAUUCCUUAAUCUCAAUUUCUGCUGUGAGGACCAAGUUCAUGUUCUAACCGGUGUCUGUCCCAUCUCAUCUUCUCCCCUCUCUCUCUCUCUCGUUUCAACUGAAACUCUAUGGCACAGAUCAAGCGUUUGAUUGGCAGUGAUAAGGUGACACUUGGCAUCCUGGAGCGUUUUGUGGCUGGUUCUAUGGCUGGAGUCAUCGCUCAGAGCACCAUCUACCCCAUGGAGGUGAGCAGCCAUCAAUCAUCCCCUUCUAGCAUAGAUCUGGAAUGAUUACAUAUAUUAUUGUUGUUAGGAUAGAAAGGACAAAAAUACAUAAUUUAUAUGCAAAUAAGUUAGUAAUGCCAAUAUUUUCACUCCGAUUACAUGCCACCGGCUAGAUUUUCAUAGUCUUUAAUUUCUGAACACCAGGUUCUGAAAACGCGGCUUGCCCUGCGAAAGACUGGUCAGUACUCUGGCAUCUCUGACUGUGCAAAGAACAUCUUUAGGAGAGAGGGACUGGGUGCCUUUUACAAGGGCUUUAUCCCCAACAUGAUGGGCAUCAUCCCCUAUGCUGGAAUCGACCUGGCUGUGUAUGAGGUAAGAAGAGACCCGGAUAUGACUUUACAAAGCUGUUUUCACUGCAUUGGAUGCUCCAUUUGGAAUUCUCUGACUAUGUUCCUUUUUCCACAGACAUUGAAGAACUCCUGGUUAGAAAAGUAUGGCACCAAAAGUACUGACCCGGGAGUGUUCGUUCUGCUUGGCUGUGGCACAGUCUCCAGCACCUGUGGUCAGCUGGCCAGCUACCCCCUAGCCUUGGUCAGGACUCGCAUGCAGGCACAAGGUUAGACCUUCAACAAUACACCUAAUUUACACUGCUUAUAUUCUUUCAAAUAUAUUAUAUUUUCCUUAUUUUAUUGAGAUGCGGUUAUAAUUAACUACCAGUUUUGCUGUUCCUUUGUAUGCAUCUUUGGCUUUAAUGCUGACUGUGUGCCAUUUCUCCCCUACAGCCAUGAUGGAGGGCAGCCCACAGAUGACAAUGUCAGGGCUCUUCAAACAAAUCAUCCAGACAGAAGGGGCCACUGGCCUCUACAGGGGCCUGGCCCCUAACUUCCUGAAGGUCAUUCCAGCUGUCAGCAUCAGCUAUGUGGUGUACGAGAACCUGAAGAUGUCGCUGGGAGUUAAGUCGCGAUGAGAAGGUGACUCACGACAUCUGAAUGGUUCAGCUUUGAAAGCACUGAGGAGGUUGGUGUGUGUGUGAGACUCCUCCGAGUUGAGGCUAAGGAAUCUCUGACUCUUGAGGUUUGUGGAGCCAUCUCAUUCUGUGAAUGUCAGAGGAUGGAGGAGAACAAGGGACAACAGAAUGAAAAGGUAUCGACUCUGUGAGCUGAAAUGGAGGAGGGGGGGGGGGGGGGGGGGGCUUCCCUCAACAUUGCUAUUGCUGCUAUUGUUUAAUAGUUUAUUUUAGAAGAUCAAUUGUUGAGUUAUGACCAGAAUUAUACAGUGAAUGUUGGUUAGCUACUCAACUGAGUGAGCAACUCUAUAAUUGGGGACCAAUUCUUGUUGUUGCCCAUUUGUGGUAUAGUGCCUCUGUAAGAAUGUUCCUCUCUCACUUUGGUUUCACUCAGUAAAUUAGGCUAUGCAACAGUGCAAACUGCACCAGACUCAUUAAGUAGAAACUACUUCAGUUAUGCCCAAUGCACAACAAAUGUUUUUGACUAACAUGAUGUAUUCAGACAUUUUCCUUAGCAUUAAUGGGUUUUCCGAGUAGUUAUUGGUUUUUCCCCCACAUUUGCCUGAUAUGAAAAUGAUAUUCAUUCAUGUUCCUUGAAUAUAGGGAAUUGAGCAAAAGCACAUGUGGUGUUUCUUUCCCCUUCUCACUUGGUGCAGAUAGACAAUUUAUUCACACUGCCAUUUCCGACUAAAUUAGGGUGUAUUUCUGAAGGAUUUAAGUAUUUAUUGAUGUCCAAUCGAUCCAAUAUUUAUUUUUGUUUUUUAUUGUCUGGAGAUGACCAUUACGAAUGGCAUGUCUGUUUUUUUUCUUCCAGAACACGGCACUAACUGCCUUUAUGUUCAUAAGUUUGAUUGUUAUGGAUAACUAACUGAAGAGCCAUAUUAUGUACAAGUAUUGUGGGUGUUUUUGCUAAAUAAGAUCACAUGAGAUUCUUAUGCAAUGUUAAAGAGCAUGUAUUUGUAAAUGUUUUCAAUGCAAACCAGCUUUAAAUUAUUGCUUGAGUCAACCCUGCAUAUAUUUUCCCUUAAUAUAUAAAUGUAAUAGUUUGUCAGUUUACAUUAGUUGCUUAUUAUGGAAAUGCACAAUAAUUACUUCUGUGUUGAGGUCAGGAGAGUCUUGGUUGUCAGGACACUUAAUCAAUGUCUUUAUACCUAAAACCAAACAUGAUUUUAGAGCUUUGAGUAGAUUGAUGAUUAACAGUAAUGCACUUUAAUUCAUGCUGGAGACACUUUUGAAUGUUUUGCAUUACCUUUAGAUACAAACUGGGAAAUCACUUCAACUUUUGAAAAUAAUAAUGUAAUUAUUAAACCUUUUUAAUGGACCAUUUUGUACAAUGUUCUUUGAGCAAAUAAAUUAAAAGUAUUGUAUAAUAUUCACGUGUAUUUCUUGACUCCUUGAGUGUGUCCCCUCCAUGGCUGGAUGUUCAAUAAGGGUCUUUUUAAAAAGACUCUGAUUGGGAUUUUAGAAUUGACACCACCCUUUCACCCCCUCGAUUUCAGUACUAAGUUUGACACAAACCACAUGCCCUACCAAAACAGGAAGUCGCAAAUAAAUCUAGCUAGAUAACUUUGCUAGCUAGUGUUCGUUCAAUCAUGCAACGAUGUUUAAAAACGUGUUUCGAUCUGGUUUUCUAAUUAGGACCGUACAUGUCAUCCUAACAUGGGUUAUUACACUGAUACUAUUCUUACAUGACACCGGUAAGUUAGCUUCUCUUCGAGACGAGCCCAUUUGAUUACACAUUUAGCUAGCUAAUGUUAGCUUGCUAGGCAACACAGACUGGGAGACUGUCAUAUUAUGACAACAAUACUAUUGAUAGCUUGCAGGCUAGAUAAAGUAGUUGCUCUCAGCCAUAUAAUUUAGCCACAGCGAAUACAAUAGACAUUUUAACCUUUAACCUGCCUGUUAAGAUCUCCGAAGACAAGAGGAGAAUGGAGAGUUGAUGCAGCCUGUAGUGUUUUCCUUGAUGGUCCUGCUGUCAGUAAUGCUGUAUUUCACUGUCUCUCUGAUGGACCCAGGCUUUGUUCUCUCUGACAGUGUCAAGGUGAGCCUUAAACCCCACCAACCCUCCCCCAAAAGCCCUUCUGAUAAGAUGUAUUCCUUACUGCUAUUACAUUAUCUUUGCCUUUGAAUGUGUGAGUGUGCCCAGGGCUCAGGUGAAGAAUUGGAGGAGAUGAUCCCUCAAAACACCAUUCCUCGCCUGCGCCGUUGUGGCUACUGUCUGCUACAGGUAGGACAGCAGGUAGAAUACCAUCCAGUUGCAGUUAGAUCAUUACAUGGGGAAUAACUUAUAUACUUAUAACCAAAAUCUGGGAUGACAUAUUGGGGGUGUGCUAUGUUGUUAUUAGUAUGACUUCUUGUCCUCUCCCCUUUGUCUCAAGCAGCAGCCCAUGAGAGCUAAGCACUGCCAGGCCUGCAAACAUUGUGUGCGGCGGUUUGACCAUCACUGUCCGUGGAUAGAGAAUUGUGUGGGCGAGAGAAACCACCGCUGGUUCAUCAUCUAUCUGGCUGUUCAGCUACUUGCUCUACUCUGGGCACUGCAUAUUGCUUGGUGAGUGUGGGGGAUUUAACCUGAUGAGAGUAGCUAUGAGUUAUUAUUCUUGAGAUGUAGUUGAAAUACUUAUGGUCCCACAUACACAAUAGUUCCCUUGUUGUAUUAUUGCAGCAAAUAUAAUUUGAUGUACUCUGUCUUUCAGGUCAGGUUUCCAUUCAGCCGGCACUUGGAAACUGUGGCUCAUUGUGAAUGGGUUUCUGCUGGCGGCGCUGUGUGUUGUGGGUGUGUUGUCCUUGGUGGUGGUCCUGCUCCUGGGCUGCCACCUCUAUCUGAUCUCCAUCAACUCCACCACCUGGGAGUUCAUGUCCCGCCACCGGAUCUCCUACCUGAAGAGCUACAGUGACGAGGAGAACCCCUUUGAUCAGGGCAUUCUCUGUAAUCUGUGGGACUUCUUCUGCAUGUACCGAACUGUGGUGUGGGAGAAGGUGUACUACAGAGGGAGCCACAAUCACGUCUGACCUCACUCUACAGACAACAUGCCCAUACCAGGCUAUAGGAUUAAGCCAGGGUCAUGUCACCGUGUAGGCCUUCCAUUCUGCUUCCCCCAUCAUUUACAAUUGUAGCCAUGUUGAAGUUGCCUAAUGUUUUGAUAUUUAUGUAGUACAUGGUACUGUGUAUUUUUUAUUGUUUUGUUUAACUGAGUGACAGUUUAUCGUAAGUCAUUGAGUAUGUUAUUUUGUCAUGUUGAACUAAUGAUGUACUGUAAUAUUGAAAGGUGUUGAACAAAAAUGUUAUGCAUUAACUUUAGUACUCGGUUUUAUAUGUUGAAAUGCUUGAUGAAUUUUUACCUGUAUUCUUUGAUAAAACGUUUCACUCUUUCAUUAAUUGGUAAUAAUGUAUUCAUAUUUUUGUAUUUAUUGACA